AAAUGGAAUGCUGAUAACUACAAAAAAUAACUAGCAGGUCUUUAUAUAAUGAAAUUUAAUCAACAGUGGUAUCAUUUUUCAUAAAAGGCGUGUCACAAUCAGCAUCUUUCAAGCAAGAGGGUUACAGCGUUAUAAAUUUAAGUGAGAGGAUUCUUUGUAAUAGCACUGUUUGGAAAAGAAAAACUGAAGUUAUCGAUCGCGAAAAUGAUGCCGAGAUUGGCGCUUCUCUCUUUCGGCUGCUAUCUGGCAGCUAUUGGUUCUAUGGGAGCACCUAUGAUUGAAACAGAACAGCAAAUGGCGUCAUUCUUGAAUAAAUAUGGCUACCUGAAGGACAGUGACAUGGUAGAUGGUAUGCCCAAGAAUGAAAUGGUUAUGAGAAGAGCAAUCAUGUACUUCCAGAAAAUGGGAAAUAUCCCAAUGACAGGGACUCUGAACAAUGAAUCUAAGGCUUUAAUGAACACACCUCGAUGUGGAAUGAAAGACAUGGAUACAUUUUCUUUGAGAAAGAAACGUUAUUCCACACGAAAUCCCUGGCCAAAGUCCGAUCUCACGUGGAAUAUCCUCAUACCAACCAGUCAAUUACCGCUGCCAGAUCAGAGGAGAAUCAUGCAAGAUGCUUUGAAGGUUUGGAGUGAUGUUUCUAAUCUAAAUUUCGACGAAGUCAACGUUCAAGAUCCUGACAUCAAGAUCAUCUUCGCGAGGGGUGAACACGGAGAUCCGGGGCCCGACUCGGCCUUCGAUGGCCGUUCGAAUGUUCUAGCGCAUGCGUAUUUCCCGCAACCCCAUCCACUUGGCGGCGAUGCCCACUUCGAUGAUGAUGAACAUUUCACGGCUGGAACUAGAGAUGGAACCAAUCUUUUCCAAGUCGCUGCUCACGAGUUUGGCCACAGUCUUGGUCUCGGCCAUUCUGACGUUGAGGGCGCCCUCAUGGGCCCGUACUACAGGGGAUACCAACCGAACUUUCAGCUACACGACGAUGAUAUUGCCGGUAUUCGUCGACUGUAUGGAGAACGAGUAGAAGAAGGAAGACCCGAAGAGAGAAGUACUCCCUCCACGCCGACAAGCAGUACUCCCUCUACGCCUAAAAGCGAUUGCAUGACCCAGAUAUCUUUUGCGACACGGACGAGAGAUGGCAGUACGUACUUGGGAAACGAAACCCACGUAUUUCGUCGGAACGGCGACACAAUUCUUGACGGUUAUCCAAAGAAAAUUGAAGUAGAAUUUCCUGAUCUUGAAACCAACUUAGACGCUGCAUUGUAUUACCCGUACAACGGAAAUACUUACUUUUUUAAGGGAAGUGAAUAUUGGAUAUAUUCAAACCAGUACUUCGUUGAUAGAGGUGAAAUAUCAAACUUAGUCUCCCCACGCCUGCUGCGUUACGGCUAUUAUAAAGAACUCCCAAGCAAUAUCGAUUCGGCCUUCGUAUGGGGUAGAACUGGUCACAUCUUCGUAACUAAAGGCGAUGAGUACUAUCUGUUUUAUUUGGGAUACGGUGUACACCCGAACUAUCCACAGCCGCUGAGUCAAUGGAGGGGAUUACCGAGUGAGGGCGUCGACGCGGCUUUCCAAGACUACGACGGCUACACGUAUUUCUUCAAAGGAACCGAUCAUUACCGGUUUAACGAUUACGACGUCCGGGUAGACGUGGGUUAUCCGAUGGAGACAGCGUUUACGUGGUUCGGUUGUGAUGCGAGUGCGUACGUAGUCGCCGGCGGGGAUGGAGAUGCAGCUACAAUAAUUCCUUCAGUAGCGGCUAUUGUAUUUUCUCUCCUUUCUGCGAUCUACGUUUUUUGAAAACAAACUUUUCAUUCUAGGCCUGUAAGUGCCCCUAGAGAAAUUCAAGCGUGCAGCGAGCUAGCAAACAUUAGACCUCAAUAUUCACUUGAUUAUCGCUUGAUUAUUUUAUCCCAUGCCUAUUAGCACCGUCGUCUCUUGAUGCUGGGCAACGACAUAUUUGCAAUUGUUCGUCCGGUCCAAAUAUUCGGAUAGUAUCUGCUGUCCCGGUCAAACAACUUUCGACAAAAACUCUAAUAUCUCUCCAUUGUAAUUUGACUUGCAUUUUCGAAGGAAUUAAUGCGUUGUACAGAGCGGCCGUGACUGCGAAAAACCCCGCUGGCUUGAAAUUUCUGGGAAGGAGUGCUAAUCAUUUGUUUUUCCUUUACACGAAUUCUGUUUAUAUGUAUAAAUACUGUAUUUUAUUUAUAUGUAGUGUAUAUUUAGUCCGUCCCGCUUCGAUUCUAUGUUCAUUUGACGAAAAUGUAUUUAAGAAGACAUAUAAUUACUAGUU